AUGUCUGUCGCAAAUGAAGAAACGUACCCGAGAAAAAUAUUGGAAUACAUGGAGGGAUUCUUGGUAUCCAAGACCCUUUUUUCUGCCUGCGAGUUGGGUGUGUUUGACCACCUGCAUGCAUCAGAGCGCCCCCUGUCAGCCGUGGAGGUAGCGCAGGAUCUGGGCACCAGUGUGGAUGGUACAGAACGACUUCUCUCCGCCUGCGUGGGUCUGGAACUCUUGAAAGCACAGACCACCGACGGGCAAGUCCUGUACAGUAACACAGACAUGUCCCGAAUUUUCCUGACCAAACGUAGCCCCCAGUCUCUGUACCACUCAAUACAGUACAACUCCAAUACCAUCUACCUUUGCUGGCACUAUCUGACGGAUGCCGUCAGGCAGGGGAAAAACCAGUAUGAGAAGGCCUUUGGUGUCAGCUCCAAAGAUCUGUUUGAAGCUCUGUACAGGUCAGAUGAGGAGAUGGUCAAAUUCAUGCAUCUGAUGAACUCCAUUUGGAACAUCUGUGGGAAAGAUGUGGUCACUGCCUUUGAUCUGUCCCCAUUCAAGACUAUUUAUGACCUUGGAGGCUGCAGUGGAGCGCUGGCCAAGCAGUGCACGGCAGCCUACGCCGGAUCCACCGUCACCAUUUUUGAUCUUCCGAAGGUGGUGCGCAUGUCACGGCAGCACUUUGUGUCAGCUGAGGACGAACGAAUCCUCUUCCAUGAAGGAGACUUUUUUAAGGACUUGCUGCCUGAGGCUGACCUGUAUAUACUGGCCCGGAUUCUACACGACUGGACAGACCAGCGCAGCGUGGAGCUGUUGACUAAGGUUUACCAGUCCUGCAGGCAAGGUGGUGGUGUGUUGCUGGUGGAAGCGCUGUUGAACGAGGAUAAUAGCGGUCCCCUCACGGCUCAGCUGUAUUCUCUCAACAUGCUGGUACAGACGGAAGGCAGAGAGAGGAAAGGCUCCGAGUACGUGGGCCUUCUUACCUCGGCCGGUUUCACCGACGUUCAGCUCCAGCGGACUGGCAAGAUCUAUGACGCCAUUCUGGCUCGCAAAUAG